AUGGUUUGGGUACAAGUCGACCGCAGAGAAAACGGAUACUCAACUAGCAUUUACCGUGCUAUCUCUAAGGCUUCGGAAUUUUGGGACUCUAAAGGUCGACUCGAAGCAAUUGAGGUCAUUAGGAGGGAAAUUAAGAAUGGCGCACAGCUUGAUGAGGACAUCCCCGCAACGGCCCCUCGGUUGUUUCACAAGUCAUCCCUCCAUGUAAUGAGGGAUUUGCAGGACGCCAGUGUGGUGAACAUAAAUUGUUACCUACACGUCAGAAACUUGUUCUUGCUCGGGCUUUGUUGCAACGACAAGACAAUAUCGGAGGCUUUGUUGUGCAGUCGCCUCCCAAGAUCAAUUCAAACCUCAAAAGUCCCGCUUUGCGUGUUGGUUAGUGGCGCGCCUGAAAUAUCCGCGGACACUGGCAUAUAUCAUUUCCAAACAACAACUUGGACUCAUCCUUUGAUCGAGGACAGCACUGGCCAGGUGGAGGAAAUGACCAGUACGCCAUGGUCGUCCGAAAACCAGCAGCUACCUGAGGUCAAACUACUCUGGACAGACAUCGAUAUUGCCAAUCUCCUGACCAAAAGUUCUGCAGACACUAGCGACGGAUACACAAACAGCGGAACAACAGUACAUGAUAGCAUACUCCGCUGGGCAACUCAACAAACUUUAGUUUUGCAUAGAUUUCCGAGUAUCGAGGAAGAUGGCAAUGUCCUGCGCCCUGAGGAAAGCGGUAUUGACUAUGUCACUAGUCCAGAUAUCCCUCUUACUACUUUGUCAAUUUUGCUUUGUGAUUCAUGUGGUGUAGGAUGCGUUAUCGGUUGGUUCGAUUGGAGAAUCAAAGAUGGAAGGUUAACGAAGGGGACAGUACCUUCCGAGUGGAGCAUGGACUUAGCAACAUGUCUUGAAUGUAUGGAAGCGAACACCGAUAACAAGGGUUUCGAUGAGUUUCAUAUACAAAAUAUGGUUGAUAAGUGGCUAGGAAGUUUUUCUCAAGGACCCUGUGUCUUUACAGAACCGGCUUUGGAGGGGAAAGCAUUGUUCUUAUGGUGCGAGAGCCAUUUCCAAUUGCUGUCAAUGAGCCUUUUGGAAGGUCUGGAACCGCUGAAAAAGGAGAAAUUUCCAAAAGAAAUCCCAUUCUUCAGUCAGUGGUUUAGGGAAGGUGAGAAAAGAAUUUGCAUCGAGAUAAGCAGCCCGUACAAAGAAGGGCUACCGAAUUACUGA